UGACAUUUGGCGCCAGUAAAAGGAAAACAAAAAAAAAAGGAGGCAAAAGUGUUUACAUUUUGCUACAAUUUUGUUAUUAAUUUAUAAUUAUUAGAAGAUAAAAAAAUAGUGGCAUGUGAACGAGAUAUUACUUAAUACACAAAUUUUUAUAAAAGUACCUACAUAAUGAGUCUUGCAGCAGUUCCCGAGGAGUCUACCACACACUUUAAUAAUUCUUUAACAAAUCUAAAUAGGAGGAGAUCGUUAUUUCCAUGUGAAUUCUCAGAUUCCGAGUCUGACUCUGAUCUGGGUCAUAUAAGUCCUUUAAAUUUUGACUCUAGUUUUGAUCAAGGAAAUUUUAAUAUCCUUACAAAACAGAGUCAAAAUGUUCCUAAUAUUGUAGGAGAAUAUGAUAUAAUAGGAGUAGUUGAAAAUCAGAAUCAACUAGAAUAUACCCCACAGGGAAAGAAUCCUCAAUUAGAAGUCAUGUCACCUCUAUACCUUAGUCCACACUACAGCAAAAUGGAAACCACUGUAGCAGAGACUCCUUCAAAAACAUCAUCAUUUUUUAAAUUAAAAACUCCUAAUGAUGCCCCUAAUACUAAUUCAAAAUUACCUAAACUUUCACGUAAAUCUCUUUUAGAUUCUGAAGUUUCUUCAAAUGCAAACAAAAGAAAAUUAUCUCCUGAUAAAUCCCCUGAUCAAAUUAAACAAAUAAAAUUAGAUUCUAAAUCUUCUCUGUUUCCUGAAGUAGAUUUUGCUCUAUCCACAAAAAGCUUCUAUCCAAAGUCUGAGGACAUUCUCGCAAAAAUUAUGAAUAAAAGAGACAUUGCUUCAACAUCAACUGUUCUGUUUAAUGCAAAUCGCAAAUCAAAAACACGUAAGAAAAUUGGGCAAAUAAAUGCUGGAGUAGGACACAAAAUACGUAAGCCAAAACACAAAAGGUUUACUAAAACAUCUGUUGUUAAAACUACUUUAAAUUCAAUCGGAAACUCUGCAAUUACUGAAUAUAUUAUGGACCUCAAGGAGUUAAAAACUGGCAAUAAUCCAUCUAAGAUAGAAAAUAAAGAAAAUGCUCAACCACCUCAAAAAUUGAUAACUCCUGCUAUUAUAGUUCCUCAAAAGACACAAGUGUCUAUUGAGUCUAAAAAACGCCCACUUAGCCCCACAUUUGAACCAGAUAUGAAUAAGAAAUUUUUCAAAUUUUCAAGAGCUAAAGGUGUCAUAAAAAUGAACAAAAAUAUUCAACUUCAAGUUGAUAAUGGAAAAUUUAGUAUAUUAGAAAAGAAUAUGAAUAAAUCCAAGAAUGAUUUUGAUAUGACCGAUUUAACUGUUGAUGAUUCAGAAAUUCCUAAUACCAAUAUAGAUAAUAUUCUCUCUUUACUUGAAGAUGACAAAGAAUCAACCCCCCAAGAAAACAGAAUAGUUUUGCAAGCAACUAAUUCUGUAAUUUCUUCUGACAAUUCUAUUUUAUUACACCAACCAACUUGUACAGCUGAUUUAAUUCUAUCUCCUAUAUCACAAAUGUGUGAUGUAACUUCUGGUUUAGCUUUAAAUACACCAAAAAAAGUUAAGAACUUGACUCCCAUUUUACAAGAACUUGAAACAAAGAGCGUUUCUGAUGACCAAAAACUCAAUAAAUUAUUUCCUGUUUUUUAUCCUGGACACACUGCAACUUUAGAAAAGAAAGAGAAGGUGGAAAAGGUCAUAGUAAAUGCAGAAAAAAAGUUAAACAAAUUAUUACCUGACCAAAUGCUUAUUGAUGCUGGUCAAAAAAAGUUUGGAAUUACUAAGUGUUUGGAAUGUAAUUUUGUUUACCAUGAGGGGGAUCGUAAUGAUGAGAUAAUGCAUUCGGAUUUCCAUAGCGCAAGGCAUAUAAUGAAAUUUCCAGGUUGGAAAAAUGAAAGGGUUGUUGCUGAUUUUCAAGUCAAUGGUAGAAUUAUUCAAAUUUUGCCAGGUGAUUCAAAAUUAUGGUGGAAAAAGAUUAAAGAAUUGACGGACACAAUCAAUAUGGAAAUAGGAUGCUAUGAUAUGGAAUAUUCUCUAGAUCACUGUCAGGCUUUUUUAUACAUAAAAAAGAAAACAAUAAUAGGCUGUCUCAUAGCCACCCCUAAAACGGAGGGUUAUCAAAUGCUUACGCCAAUAAAUAAUGAAAUAGAUGUAUGUUCUCAGAGGAUCCAUCCUAUAAAAUGUGGAAUCCCUCGAAUUUGGGUUUCAGCCAACACCAGGAAGCAUGGUAUUGCUACACAAAUGAUGAACGUAUUGAAGAAACAUUUUAUUCAAGGAUCUGUUCUUUGCGACACUGAUAUUGCAUUUAGUUCCCCCACAGAUUUGGGCAAAGCAUUUGCGCAACGUUAUUUCAAAACGAAAAAUUUUUUCAUAUACUUUCAGUAACUUUUAUUUUGCCAUAGAUUUUUAUGGUUAUUAUUGUCCUUGGAACGCUUAUAAAGUACUUUUUUUUAAAAUUUUAAAUUUAGACAUUUUGAUAACUUAUUUUUUGUUCAGUUUUCUUCAUAUGACAAGUGCGCGUGUUUCCCGCUAAAUGAAAUAAGCUAUUAUAUAUUGUUGAUAAGAUAAAUUGAUAUGUCAAUAAGGUCUGAUCAAACAUAUUUUCCUACGUACCUGUAUUAGAAAUUGUUCCGGUAAAGUUACUAUUCUGCUUACCCUGCUGUCAGAACAAACACAUUUUAAAUCUUCUGAUAUGGUUAACUUUAGGAUAAUUAUUCUCUAAAAACCACUGUUAUCAUGUAAUUUACUCGUUAAGUAUCAAAAGAUUGAAUUGUAUUGAUAAUAGAAAAGUGCAUAUAACAUGAACUUAAAAUAUAUUCUGCCUAUUAUCUGGACAUCAAUUAGGGUUGCCACUUGUCCUUUUUUCAAACAAAUUGUCCUUGUGACUUUUUAAACCUUAAAAUGUUUUUUUUUUAACUAUAUUACAAUACAUACCACUAUUUUUCGAGAUUAACUUAUUCGCUGCAGCACUGGAGCGGCACGAAACAGAAACCCAAUGCUAGUGCAAGUCAAACCACUUAAUCACAUAAAUUACAUAAUUUUGAUUUAGGUAGUCUUCAGUCUAUGCGUCAGACUGUUAUAUAGCGGACGCACAAGCUAAACCAUAUCUUAAAGCAAUUUUUUUAGUUAUAUAUUUAUGCAUUUAUUUAUGAACUUAUGGUGCAUUUUUAGCGUUUUACCGUGAUACCUUGCUCAACCGCCGUAUUCGCAUUCAUAAAGCCGAUACUAUCAAGAUAUUUUUAAAAUGUCCUUUAUUCACUUUUCAAAGAGGUGGCAACCCUAACAUUAAUAAUUUGGCCGUUUACUAACUUGAACGUUGUUAUGAAUACAAUAUGGAUUUACAUAUUAAAUCACAAUUUAUUAUAGUUUUUAUUUAUUUGAAAGAAUGGAUAUUUAGUAGUCACUCCAGGGCAGCCAUUCCUAUAUCGACUGCUAUGAAAUAAUGUUGUACCUGUCAUGAACAAUAAAGUCAUGUCUUGUCUGUCAACUCAUGUAAAACCAUGAUAUUUUUGUUUUACAAUAAGAAUGUUCAAACAAUUGAGGGGUAUAGUUUCAAAGUCUACAAUCUCCAUGUUUCCUAAAUUCUCAGUAGACGAAAAAAAAACUAAUAAUUUUUUAAAUACAAACAAUUAAGGUACUUUUUAUUUUUUAUUGUAAUUUUAUCAUAUCCAGAGUUAUUAUACCAAUUUUUUCCUUAAAAUUUUUAAAAACAUCAAAGUUAUUUUGAAAAAAUAUUUGGAGAUUGUACGUUAUGAAAAUAACAAUUGGAGUUUGUUAAUUUUGAAAAUAACUAAUAUGGGUUGUCCACUUUAAAAAUAACAUAAUUUUUCAUUAAUUUUUAAAUUUUUAUUCAUUAUAAAAAAAAUUAAAAAAUGAAAAAAAAAAGACAUUAAAUUCAGCAAAAAAAAAAAUUAAAAAAUAUAUAGUGGGUUGAGCUCACAAAAAUCAAAAGCUGUUAAUUAAAUAGAAAGUUCCACUUCGUCUUCGAUAGUCUCACACAACGUCGUUUCAUCCUCGACUGUUUCGUUUUCUGUAACCGUGUCCUCGUCUACGACGAAUUUGUAGAAACUUAGACGUGGAUCAUUUUUCCACUUCCUUUUUGUUGUUGACCACAUUUUGUUUCGGAAUUUUUGUAGGUUUCAUAUUUUCAAUACUCUUAGUCUUUUUUGUUACUGGCUUUCCUACACCAGAAUCCGAAUUAUAGACUAUUUCGCCGCGGAUUAGUACUGUGCCUUUAGAGCUUUUUGUUAAAAUCAUUCUCUUCAUUUUUGAGAAAGCAAAAUGCCAAUGGCCUGGAGGCUUAAUGUACUUGCUAGUUUCAUUUUGCCAAUCGUAUAUUUCAACUACUUCUCCAACCCUAAGAACAGUAGUAGCAUACUUUGAAAAUAUAUCCAGAUAUUCCUCCGAUUCCAGAAUUAUUUCUUUUUCUUUAAUAGUCUUUAAAAUAUGCCCAAAAAACCUGUCUGGGGGCAUAAAGGAGUGCCCUUCUAACUGGAAAUACCACUUUAAUUUUUUUAAUUUUAUCUUGUAUGAGUGAGGUAUUUUUGUUCUGGACUCCGCAUCCAUCAGACAUGAGCCGGAUUGUAUGAAUGUCAUCUCCAAAAUCAGUCGACUGAAGAAUGUGAUAAAUGCAGGAGGCAAUCUCGUUCGAACCAUUCUUGUACUCGUUUUCGGUCCAACAGAAAAAAGUGACAGUAAAUGGAUUUAAGUUACUUUUAGAAGUACCCUUUACAACGGUGUAAUUGUAAAUAUAAAAUUUCCUUGAAUAAUAGGCCUGUUGAUCCAGAAUCUUAGGUAAUACUAGAUUUUUCUGGCAGUUGAACGAAAAAAUUUCGAUUCCUGCAUCCCGUUCUCUUAACAGGCGAAAAAAUGCUUUAGAUCUCAAUGAAUGUACCCUUUUCUGGAUCAAUAAGUUGGCUUUGACAUCCUUAUCAUAGCUUUUAUUUAUUUUUUCUGUUAACUGUAAGCAUGUCGAACAAAUAUCGGUUCUAGGAGAACCAAAACUAAGGUUGUAUUUUGUAUUAAAAAUAUUUCUGAAAUAGCUUUCUUUUACUGGAACGUUUUCAUUUUCCUUCACUUACAUUCUCUACAUUGACUUUAUAAUUAAAGAAAAAUCCAGGUAUGGUCGUUGGCUUUGUCCUCUGCAAUAAUGAGAUUCAAUUACAUGAAAUUUGUUAAUAAAAUCCAUAACAGCAUUUUUCUUUCACUUGUAAUUUUCCAGAUUUCUAUCGCCUCCACGAUUUUCCUUUACAGAUUGAGAAGUUUGAUCAAAGUUCUUUUAGUCUAAGAUCCGUAAUAAGGUCGACCUUCACCCAUCUGGUUUACCGGAUGAAAGUUUCUUUUUAAUAAAUAAAAUAUGUUUAUAAAUAUAUCGCAAAAGGGUUGCCUAAGAAAAUACGGUCCAGAGUAUUUAUUUUUUAAAAAUAAAAAAAACAACAUCCUGUAAAGUAUUUACCAGAUGCUUUGAUUAUGCCCAAACUUUAAUCAGCUCAGCGCAGGAUAGAUUAAAGCCUAAGUUUAACAUUGGUGUUUUUCUCCUUAUCCGUUUUUGAGUUGUCUUCAAAAUUCGAAAUUUGCAAUUUUCCUUAAAUAUCUCGAAUUAGGUCCAUUUUAUCAUGAUUCCUAUACUUUCCUCAUCUGUACACAGAAAGGAAAGCAAAAAAUGGCUUUGACCGUAUUUUUUUAGGCAACCCAUUUGCGGUAUAUUUUAUUUAUUAAAAAGAAAAUUUCAUCCGGUAAACAGAUUAGUGAAGGUCGACCUUACUUACGGAUCCAGGACUAUUUGUAACUGUUUCAAUUCGUCUCCGUGCUAUACCCAAAAUAUCCAUUAAAGCUUUCUUGCACACAGUCAACAUUUUUUUUUGUUUCGUCAAGAUAUAAAACCGUGUUUGAAAUUUUUUUGAGACAUUCUUAGAAUUUUUCGGGCGUUUACGCUGUAUCGGAAAUGUUUUUGCAAUAUUUUAUCUUAAAUAUUUUCUCUUUUGUCUCAUUAAAUUUUGAAUAAAACUGUCUUAUUUCGGAUAAAUUGGAAGCGAAUGUGGACUAUAUUUAACACAAACCCAUCUUUGCAGGAAGAUAUACAAAAACCUUCUAUCAAACUUACCUAAUUGUUUUUGGUGAGUUCUUUUCCACGUCGCCGUAAUACGUUGUUUUUUUCUUGCUUUAUUACUGGUUAAUAGAGUAACGUUCACCUCCAUUAUUACUUUAAAAAACUCGUGAAAAAUUGGAAAAAACUAGUAAACAAACUUUACUUCUUCACGAAUCACAUACAACUAACUUAGAAACGUAAAUUCAGACUGAUUUUAGCGCGAAAUAUUAUUGACAAGUCUGUACAGGAGUUUACAUGCUUUAAAAUAAUUCAAAACUAACAAAAAAAACCCAUUGGAGAUUGUACACUUUGAUUUUUAAAAUCGGAUUGGAGAUUGUACGGUUUGAAACUUAAAUGUCAACGGAGACUACGUUUUGAAUUUAAGUCUAAUUUUCGGCCGUCAAAAUUCGUUGGAGAUUAUCUGUUUUGAAAAAAAAAAAAAAUAUGAAUUAUUUCGAUUCAGGGCUACAAAUUCUAUGUAAUGCGACAUCUAUCUUAUUUUUUUAUAUAAUAUGGAGAUUGUGCACUUUGAAACUAUACCCCUCAAUUAUUAAGAAUACUAUUAGACUUGAAUCAAUAAGUUCACUGAUUCAAAUAACGACUCAUUCUGUUGUUAAUGUAACACUCUUAUAGUUGAAUCUGAAAAUAAUAGACAAUAAUUGAAAGUCGAGAAUGUGUGAAGAAUGCUGACAAGUUGCCAUAUAUGUAAUAUCUUUCAAAGAAUUCCUUUCAUCAUACAAACUAUGUUAAUGAAAUGCUUAAAAUAGAUAAUUGUUGUCCAAAUGACAACAGCAUUUUUCACACAUCCCAUUAUUGCUUGUCAUUAAAAUGUAUAACCUUACAACUAAUGGUAUGGUCCGAUAUUAACUAACUACUAACCCUAUGUUAUGUUGAGAAUGGGGUGUUAAUACACUGCGACCUAAAAGAUCUAUUGUGCCCUCUUCUAUCGCCACUGCACUAAGGAAAUGUCUCAAUGCCUAUAGCGACCCUUCCAAUCCUAUUUUCUCAAGGAAGUGUAGGAUUUGAAGUGGCUUCAAGUUAAGUAAAUCUCCCUCUUCUAUUUGAUAUCCUCCUAGAUAUAGUGCCCUUGGAUUCUGGAGUGCUACACAUUCAGUUAGGAUGUGAAUAGAGGUUUCGUCCUCCUCCUCACAGAAUCUGCACUCACUAUCCUCUACUACUCUCAGUUUACUUAGGUGUCCUUUUAGUCGGCAAUGCCCGGUAAGGAUCCCUGUUACAAUACGUAGCCUGUUCUUGCUCAGACAGAUGCAGGCUUCCGAUCUUUUCUGGUUAUAUUCACCCAGAAGUAUCUUGGCCUGUCUCACCCCCAAGAGAUAAUUACUAACCGUAACUAACCAGGAUUUUUUGACAGCGGUUCCUGAAAAAAACUAAUUUGUUUGUUUGUGACAGAUCGACAUUCGACUUAAUCGUAGCCGUAAAAAUAUACUGGUUAAUGAACUGACGUUUGAGUCAACAUUUUCAGGUAAACACGUCCUUAAUUUAACCGAUUUUUCAGGAAUGUCUAGCAGAGCAAUUAGUUUUGGACCGAGUAGCGGAUAUUUCGGUUAAUAUCGAAGCAUACCCUUAAUAAACUUUAACAGAUGUUUAGAAUGUGAGUGAUUUGAAGUUAAUGUUAUUCGGACAAAACACAUUCUCAAAAGCUCUAUUAAUAUUUAUUAGGCUCAUACAUUUUAUUGAAAGUUCUUGUACCCGGCUGUGAAUCUGUCAAAAUAAUGAAUUGUUAUUUGAAGUGAAACGGAACAUAUAGAAAUAAAUACAAUGAACACAUUGUAGAAAUAGUAAAGAGUCACAGCAAUACUUUUUUACUGAUGACGUAAUUUGUGUUCAAUUACAAAUGACAGUGACAGUAAACAUAUUUUGUUUUUGAGUGCUUCUUGUUUACAAAUUAUAAGACCUUCAAACAAUAUAAAAAAAAAAAUGAAAAUGUAUGUCAGUUUCAGUGACAUAAUUGUUUUUGUUAUAAAAGUACUGUCAUUAGAACACUAAUAUGUCACAGUAAUAUAGCGUAGUACUAAUUAGAUCUUUUCCUUUGCAUCGAAAGUGUAGCACUGAGCUACGUCACUUCUGAAAGUAUUGUUCGAUUUAUACAAAUUGUAUGGAUGAAACGAUAUUUUCAGAAGUGGCAUAGCUCAGUGCUACACUUUCGAUGCAAAGGAAAAGAUCUAUUGUAAAUUCGGUGGUAGGACUUUAAAUCAAUGGCGUAACGGUUUGAAAUUUUUAGGUUAACACAAACUUAGUUUGUAAUAACAAAGAUAUAGUUUUUUUUAUUUUAUAAAAUAGUUGUGUUUAAAGCGUACCAAAUUAUUUUGAACAGAGUGUAGAAGACGUAUUACAUAUUAUUUUAUACAGGGGGUGAUUCUUAAAAUUCAGAUUAGACGUUUUUCAUAAAAUAUGCCAGACUGAAAUCUGAAAAUAUACAGGGUGUUCCAUUAAGAAUGGGACAGAAUCACUGAAGAUUCUCUGAUUAAAAAUAAGUCGAUUAAACGAAACAUGCUUAGGUAAAAUGUUACUCUUUCCGAAAAUUCGCAAAAAAUUUAAUGGUGAAUUUUCAAAAACUUAUUUGGAUUAUAAUUUAAUUUUUUUUUUAAAUAAAUCGUGGACUCUUGGUGAAAACUUAUAAAAAAUCAAAAUUUCAGAAAUUAAAAAUAAAUUAAAAUGAAGAGCAUCAUCUUUGUAGGCAAAUUUCUCGAAAACCAAUCACUUUAUAAGUUUCCAAAAAGAGUACAUAAUUUAUGUAAAGUACAUCAAAAAAUUUAAAAUUAUUGCCCAAAUAAGUUUUUCGGACAGUUGCGUAAAAUUUAGAAGGGAUGUUACCAAAGAUAACAGAUAUAACCAUUCAUUAUAUAAUAUUCACUGUGCCAAGAUUAAUUUGACAAUCAAUACGCUCUAUUUGUAGGUCCGCGGCGAGGGGACGUAAGGGGAGAAGUAAGAGAGGGGAUAAAGAGAAUAAUUUUACGCAGAUACAACUUUUUCUUAUACGCGAUGUACGCCUAUAAUAAAUAAUGUAUAUAUCCAUGCCGGUGUAAGCCCUGUUGUCACUUCCAACUUACCAUUACUAGGUUUUAGAAUUUAUUGAAAAUUAUUACAUUUAAUUUAGUGAAAUUGCAUCUAAUGUAGUUAAAUGUGAUAUAACUAAUGAUGGUGGGUGAGGUUUUCCGGGUUUUCCUCACCUGUAAGUCAAAUGGCACCAUCAAUCAUCUUUAAGUCGCCCCGGAGCGCCACGGCAAAUAAUAAUAAUAGCCGUCCCUUCCCCUACACAAGUCGUUCUCGACUUCAGGGGUUGAAAUUCACUCGUAAGGGGGUGAAUUAGGGAGAGUGUUAUUAUUAUUAUAUUAUUAUUAUUCAAAAAUUUUUGGGUUCAGUUGUAAUAAAAUAGGUUAAAUUAUUUUAGCUUUUUUAAUAUAUUUAAAUAAUUUUGUAAACAAUAUACUAUACCCUUCUGUGUCCCUUAGAAUAUGUCUUAUUCAGGACCGUACGAUAUUAGUAGCUACAUCUUUUAUCUCUGGAUACCUGUGCCGUAUGCCACUGACAAUGUUUAUUUAACUGCUUUUUUGCUGAUAGGCAUAUCUAAUGACACCUAGAACGUUUGCUGAAUUUAGUAAAAUUAUACUGAGUAAUAAAAAAAAAAUCCAUUAAUAAUUUUUGAAUUUUCAAAUUUAACAACCUGUAUUUCGGAAACGAAUAACAUUUUACCUAAGCAGCAUGUUUCGUUUAAUCGUCCUAUUUUUAAUCAGAGAAUCUUCAGUUGAUUGAUGUCCCAUUCUUAAUAGAACACCUUGUAUGUACGGGGAGUUCGUCGAGAUGUUUUAUUUAACGAAAAAAAUGGUUUAUUUCAAAUUAGGAUGAACUUACAAACUUUAUUAUUAUUCAUAAAAUACCAUUCCAUUUUAUUCUUUUUGGAUUCUCCUCUGUGAACUUGUUUCAUACUUACUUAGAGUGUGAAGUAAUUACUUGGUUUGGAAUCCAAAUUUUUCAAAUUUGAAUAUCUCUCAUCAAUAGGGUUGCCAACUUUGUUUUUUAUUUUUUCUGGACGAUGGUAAUUAAAAUUCAGGACAUUUUUAUUUUUGCAAAAACAACAAACUUAAACAAUUCGACAAAUAAAAACGAAGUGAUAAAAAACAAGGAUUGUUUGGGUAAAUAGAAACUAAUGUUUAAACAUUUAAUUUAAAAAGAACAUAAGAAUAUAAAAAGUUACAGCUACUUAACAGUGUCAGAUUUUUUGCUUUUUGUAGAUACUAUUAAUUUCUUGUUAGCUUUUAAAAACUUAUAAAAUUCUUUGCAAGAAUAAGAAUAAUUAUUCUUUAUUUGAAGUUUGGCCUUGAUGUGUUCAAUGAACAAGCGAUUACGCGCCUCAGUCCACGAAGUUGAACACAUUGAAAAUAUUCUUUUAGAGUCAGCAUUGGUCCCAAAUAUUAAAAAUAUAAAUUACAAAAUAAGCGACGAUGCCAAUGUGACUAUAAAAUAUAAGAAAUUGGAGAUAUUAUUUGAAACAUUAAAAUUAAGUACAAUAAGCGUCCUGCUAUAUGUUGUUGCUGGAUACUGGACAAUGCAACCCUAAUGGCGGACGUCCACCGAAAUAGAGGAAGGUUGGCAACCCUACUCAUCAAAACCAUUAAAAAUUGAACAUGUAGCAUCUUUUUAAAUAUUAUUUAAAUUUAUUAAUUUAUUUACUGAAGAAAGAAAACGUAAUCUGUCAACUACUAUUUAUUAAAAAAUCCUUUUCCGUUGGUUUCUGCUGGUGGUUUCGACCUUAAAGCCAUCAUCAGGCUUAAAGAAAAAGCCAUAGUUUUUUUCAGUAUGUUGAUGAAACAAUUUUUUUCUAAAAUAUACAAAAUUAAAAUUUCAAGUAAGAAGCAACCAUAUAUCUAAACUCUUAUGUUACUUCUUCCUUAAUAUUUUAAUAAUUGUGUAUUUUGAGAAUUUUUUUUUGUCAAUCUGUUAAAUAAAUAGUGGUUGACAGACGUGUUUUCCUUCUUCCUUAAAUCUAUUUCGAACCACUUUGAGUUGUAGAUAUUUGGAACUUUAAUACAAGGUGAUUUAUAAGGAAUGGGUAAUAUUUUACCUGCAUAUUCUAUAGCGGAUUUUUUUUUUUUUUUUAAUAAUGAGUUCAAAUAUUAAUUAUUAUUAUAUUAUACCAAGAUAACUUACGUAGCAUACUCUGAUUCACCAAAAUUGAUGUCUUAUUCGAAUUUCUCACAUUAAAAAACUUAAUUGUAUAGCAGGGGCAGAAGUUGGAAAGGCUUUUGGUAGGUAGAGAGGGGGUAAACGUUAAACCACGUCGGACGACUUCGAGAAUUUCGCGUUGUUUAUCUGCUAGUGUUAUUUCAUAGAAUAAGUAAUUUUAAAUUGUUACCGGCGGAACCGGACAAUCGCAUGUAUUUAUGAAUUAGAAAUAAUUAUUAUUAUACAAGUAUUAUAAUAUCCCAAAUCAUAAUUCUACAAAAUUUCAACAGCUAUUCAUAAUUUAUUAAACUAUUUACCGGAAAUUGUUUUUAACAUCUAUAAAAUAAUUUUGUACGCCAAUGUAUCGCGUCCACUUCGGUUAGUUCCGCCGCAAAACUGUCAAGUUCUAUGUAUGAAGUGGGAGAACUGCGAAAAGCCUUUCCAACUUCUGGGCCUGCUAUACCCACUUAUGUUUAUGCGUGAAAUAAUAACUGAAGUAUAACAUUUUUUUAUUUAUUUUAUUCGAAUGGUUAAAUAAGUAUACAUGGAAAUCGUUUUAGUCAAUUGUCAACCGUUUUGAUAAAACACAUGUUCAAAUUUAAAACUCCCAAAUAUCUUCAAGACCCAAGUGUAUCAUUUAGUUAUCAAAAAAGGUAAAGAAAACACACAAUAUUAACUUAUAAAAAUCAUUACUGCUUACAUUGGAAAAUAGUUAUUUAUGCAACAAGUGCAAAAAGUAAGUGUUUAUUGCACGCGACGUAAAAUUGUCCAACGAGGCCGUCAGGCCGAGUUGGACAACACGUCGAGUGCAAUAAACACUUUUUGCACGAGUUGCAUACAAUAUUUUUUCUACGUUCAUGCAAAAACCAAAAAAUGUUUUAUAGAACUGCAGUUGUAUUAUACAAAUCAUAGUAGCCGUGAUCGUGUACCUUUGAGGCAUUUAUUUACGUUUGUGUUCAUAAUUUGUAAUGACAUUUUUAAUAAAAUACAUUUUUUUAAUAAUUUAUUUAUUAAAUGAUUGAAAAUAAUAUAAAAUAUGCAAUUGUUUUUAAAACGUAACACAGAAAAUGAAAAUUGACUAAAUAUUUGGCGUUGAUUUAAAUAUUUAUGUUUGUCAUGAUCAUAAAACGCUGUAGUAAAAUGACAGAUGAGUGCAAUAAAAUUUUUAUUGCACUAGUGCAAUAAAGACCCAGUUUUUUCACUAAAUAUAGUUCAAUAAAGUUUUGUUUUUUGCAUGAAUGUAGAAAAAAUAAUUUUAAACUCUUUUUAACACUAAUAAGUUUUUUUAGAAGAUAUGGUUUUAGAUUUUUUUAUAUAAAGCACACAACACUAACUUAUAAACAAACCAACGCCUUAAAAUAGUUAAAAAUCGCAAAUAUUUUACAAAUAAACGUCUCCAAAUCAAUAAAAAGAUGGUUUCUUAACUACCUGAGUAUACGAAUUCGAUCACGUGUUAAGCGACGUAGAUAAACAAGUCAAAAUUUGAUUGACUGUCAUGUCAUAUAUGACACCGCGGUACUCUUUACUAUUGAAACAGCUGAAUAUAUUUUAAUUUUGUGUUAUCUUAAUUUGUCUUACACAUUAUAAAAGGUAAAAAGUUAUUUCCACUAAUGAAGAUAAAAUAUUCAAAUCACAUUUGCUUAUGGCUUAUCGAAACUCGCUUGAUUACCAUAGAACUCGGCUUAACGCCUCGUUCUGCGCAGUUUUAAACAGAGUAGAAACAUUUUUUUUUGUCAUAAGCAUGAUUAUAUCUAUAAAUAUUACAAUAUAAAUGUCAAUUAUAGCAUAAAAUCUUGGUUUAGAACUUUUGACCACGUGUAAUUUAUUUAUAUUUUAGUCUGUAUUAUUUUUUACUUUUACUUACUACGUGUAUUAUACGUUUAUUGUAUAUUUUAUCUUAAGACAGUUUUUGUAGAAAAGAAGUUUUAUAUUUUUGUACUUUUAAAUAAGCCUUAAUAUAUUCCUACGGAAAUUUUUAUGUAUGUAUAAUUACAAAUGGGAGCGUUUUUUAUCAAUUCUGUUUUGUAAGAUUUAUUGAAAUUGAAUAAAUUUUUUAAUUUU